GGCCGACAGUAUGUCAAAGAUCAGUGCUUAUCCUGAGAGGCAUCACUAUGAGAAUGUAGCCAAAGCACUUGUGGAGAAGCAUCCUAGUCUGAAGGAGCAAGGGUCAGAAAAAGGAUGGUACUCUGAAAUUUAAGCUUGGAAACUAUCGGCAAAAGUUAAGUGCAGCAGGAUGCCCUGAGCUGAAAAGAGACCCUGAUCCCCAGCUGGUAGAAGACCUGAUGGUUGCUACGUUUUCCCAGCGCAGAAAAGAGAUAAUUGGAGAUCAGCCACUCAUCACAGAAGUCAUUUCCAGAUGGCCAGCUCUGUUGCAUGAGAGACAGAUCAGGACGGAGUUCAAGAGAAUGGUCACCAAAGACCUUCUGGAAUAUUUUCUCGACAGACGUGAUGGCCUGGUCCCAAGACUGCUAGAGGUGUACAAAGCAGCAACCAAGACUGGAAAGAAGCAAUCACUCAAAGAUAUUUUGGACUGCCUUCAGAAAGAUGAUACAAAUGAGAAGAGAAGGACUGCUGCCUUGCUUGGUCUGCCACACUACAUAUCAGGCGAAGAUCCAUCAACUGUAGUCAGGAUGUGUGACGCUCACAGGGAGACUCUGGAUGAAACCAUGAAGGGGAUGCAACUUGGCCUGCUGAUAGGCUAUGAAGGUGCUGAACGGAAUGCCUUUCCACGGGAGGUCUUCGAGAUAGCUGUUGUGGUUGAGGAGACAACAUUAAAGAUGUGGCAUGCAGCUUUGCCAUGCUCAUGGGUGUCAUCUACUGUGUCAAUCUCGAGUACCCAGAAGCCAUGAAGUAUUCCUUUGAGUUUCUUCAGAGAGUGGUGAUGAAGAUAAAACCAGACCAAGCAUCUGCCCGCGUACAUGGACUAAGAAACAGAAUCCUGAGGUACAGACUGUAACACCUGCUCCUCAUUUUCUCAAGAUUCUCAUGUGGAUAUUGUUCCUGUCAAGACUUCAUUGUUCUCUUUUAUAUGCACUUUCAGCACUGUUCUGUACUGUGGAAAAACAGCACUGUCUCACAAUUUAAAACUUAAUUUUGAGAAUGAUAGAGGGGACAAAACACUGAUCCUCCCCACUUUUUUAUUGGACGGAUUGUGAGAGCUGAUAGUCUCGACUGUUCGAAGUCUUGUGAAGUUAGAAGUGGAGUACUUAAGACAACACAAACCAGCCUCAAAGUUCUUUAUCUUCAAUGGAACAAGACUGUAAUGGACUUGGACAUUUGAGUUUUGUGCAUUUCCUUUUCAAUAUUACUACUCAUUAGUCACCAUGUUGUAGAAAUCACAAGCAUUUUACUUAUUACAGCUGAUGGUAUCAACUGUUCUCUCCUCAGACAGACGUUUUUCUUUAUUACGUUUUUUGAUUGUUAAAUGCAGUUGCAGGCAAACGGUCUCAAGGUUUAUAUAAUCUCAUUUAAAUGAACUGAUUGGUAUAAGAGUUGGUUGCGUUGACCUCGCUCUUCAUAGGUGACUAUGUUUAAAUACUGUUAGAACAUGUUAAAUUAUCAUAAAUAUGGUCUCACUUUGGCACUUGUGUAGUCUGAGAUGUUUUCAUUGGCUUUUAGGCUUGUUGCGUCAAUUACAAGUGUAUCUGAAGGAGACGAAGGCUGUGAGUUGAGGUACUUACAAUAAAUUCUUGAAUACGUGAA